GAUGGGGAUUUUGGAGUAUCAGAGGUGGUGGAGAAUUUGGGACAUGAAUCUUCCAUUAGAGAGCGGUUAGGAAUGAAACGUUCAUUUGACCAGAUUACAACAUGUGGAGAGUUGACAAGCAGUGAGAGCCCAGUGAAAAUGUCACUAUCAUCAAUAGAUGGUCCUGCUCAACCAAGCCCUGAAAAGCUUCCUGUUGUAAUUUCUACACAUGAUAGCUGAUCUGAAAACAUUUCAAGUUAUUCAAAUUUGGUAUCAGGGCUGGCUGAAAAAAGUGCUGAGAAAAGUGAUGUUGAGUUAUCAAAUGAAAGACCGUUCAUGAAUGUGCAGCAAGAACUUGUGGCACCAAGUAAUACAAUAUUAUUCCUGCAUAAUCCAUUACAACAGUCUCUUCCAAUGGGUAAGGUGUUAACAAAACAAUGUUUCCUGUUUGCAUUUAUGAAUAAUUUUGGUCUGUACAAUUAUAGGUGGCAGCAAAUUGUCUUAGAUUCUUCUGUCAAAGGGGAGUAGCAUUGUUACAAAAGGCUUCAAGACUGCUGAUUUUGUGUAGCUUUACAAACCAGUCUACUAUACACAUCUUACCUCUACUGUUGAACAUAUGCAAUUCAUUAAUAAAGAAUUCCUAAUUAAAAGAUUAAUGUAUAAGAAAUUUAACUAUGUUGUCAAUGGUGCACCGUCUAAGGAAAGCAUCUUUUUUACAUAAUUUUUUUGUAAUCUUGAUUUAAGAAAGAGAAAACCCUGUUUUAGCUUAAGUUAUUCUUCUGAUAUUCAGGAGGAAUCCCGUUUAUUGUGUUUCCUACUGCUGGAGGGAUUCCUGUUGCUCCAGCACCAACAACUGGAAAUAAUGCCUUAAACACAGUACCUGCUCAACAAAGCUUGGAGAUGCCAAUUUUGCCUACCUCUAACAAUCCAGGGUUGCAAACAGCACUACAAGCUUCAACACUUACCCCUCAGCCACAGAACAUAGUUAUUUCAGAGGCAUUGCUUUUAGGAAGUUCCGAGGCCCUAACAACUGUGGUCACCACUGAAAUUUCUCAGCAGUUGUCUUUGACAGGAGCAGGUGACAGAAUUGAUGUAGAAGGGGGCCAGCAGGAAACAGAAAACUUCAAAUCUCCUGAUCAGGAAGAGCCUAAUGUUGAGAAAACUAACUCUUCUCAAGUUCAAGAGAAAGAGUCAGCAGAAGCAAUUGCUCUGGCUGGAGACCAAGAAAGUAGUGGACUUUCCACUCUUCAAAUUUCUGAUAUUGAGGUAUAAAGCUAUAGAUUAAGAAAUGUCUAGUAUGGGUCUGAUAAUUAAAUCUUAAAUCCUUAAGUAAGCACCUCCCCUCAAGUGAGCACCCCUUUUGAUGAAGUACCCCUCCUCCUAGCCAAAAUUUAAAAUUGGUGCUCAACACUCCUUAAAAACAUCUCAGUCCCUCCCUCUAUUUUAUUGAACAAGUGCUGAAACAACAGGUAAUGGUAUUACUUAUUAGCCCUUUUCCAAUCUCCAGUAAAUUAUUGCUUCUUCAUGAUUAUGAUAUUAGAAAACAGUUUACCUCUAAAUUGCAUUUUAUCUAUGCUAAAAAUAGAAAUUUUAACCAUAUUCAAUUCAUUACAAAUUUUUAUUCUACAGCCACUGUUAUCAGAAGAUACAGGAUUUGGAACAUCUGAAAAGUCAGAAGGUACGUGCAUGUAUAUUGUACCUGAGCUGACCUGCAAGAUUAUUUCACUUUCUCAAUUUAAAAGUAUUCUAAUAAUUCAAAGCUUUUAUGUGGGAAACUUGUAUUUAAGCGAAACCCUCAUCAAGGGAAGCCACCUUGGAUCCAGAUGUAAUGAAAUAAACUUUUCUUUAAACUUUGUAUCUGUUACCAUCACUGGAGGAACACCUCUAUUCAGGGAAAAUUUUCUCAGGUCUUCAGCUUAUUCCUUGAAUGGAAGUACCUCUGUAUUUGUUACCUUCACUGAAGUAAGGCCCACCUUUUGGGGACACUUUUUGUGGUUUUUAUUUGUCCCCUGAGUUAAGGUUCCACUGAAUCUGUUCCUUUGCUGAGGGAGCACUUCUCUCUAAGGGACUCUUUUUCUAGUCCUUGGGUUAUCCCCAGGAUGAAUUUUUCACUUUAAUCUUAAUCUUUGUUAACCCAUAUCAAUUGUGAUUUGUAGUGUCUGUAAAACAUUUUUUUAUAAAAACUCGUAAAAUUUGAGUGCAUUGAAGUUGGGUAAUGCAAUGAAAUGGUAUUAUCUGAGAUUACACGUUAUUUGUUUUUCAGAAAACAUUCUUCAGGACAUACUUAUAGCUCCAGCUGGUGCAGCCACGACAGGGGACACUUAUGCUAAAAAUUUGAUGUUGUUGAAGAAAAAGGACUUAGCACAAAGGGAUGGUAAAAUAAUUAGGCCAACCACUACUGAGAUGGCAAGAAUGAGAAAGACUGGACAGUAUAAAAAACAUGUCCAAUUUUCCAAAAGCAUGUCAGAAGAUGCAGUGAGGAAAACAAUUCAAGAAACAUUUCCUGUCUUUGACUUAAGUGGAAGGUAAAGGAAAUUUAAAGUAGGAAUUUUAGUUAAAUAAAAGUUUAUUCAUCAAGGUCAGAGGUAAUUGUAAAACUGACUCCACAACUGAUAACAGAUUGAUCCAGUAUUUUCAAAGGAAACUGAAGAUUUUGUUGAUGUGCAGUUCAAGCUUUGAUUUUUUAAUGGCCAGUUCCAGGGUUAUGAUCUAGAAGGCAAAGAAAGAAAAAGAAUAAAUUCCUUAGCACUAAAAUUUACCUUUAGAAAUACUGUUUUUUUUUCAUUGGGCAGGUUUUCUUGUGCAUCGAUCAGUAACACGGAUAGUACUCUUCAAUUUCAUGGGGAUCCUUGUGUAUGGAAUGGAAAAACAAUAAGAAGAAUCCUAAAGGGUAAUUCAGCCCUUUACAUUGUUAUGGAGGAGAUUCAGGUACAUUGUUUGUCCUUAUGUUUCAGUAGACAUCCACUUAAUGUAAAAAUUGGAAGCCUGUUUUCUCUUGUGUGAAGUUUACAGAAGCUUAUAACUCAAUAUGAAUAAAUCUGAAGUGUUUGAGAGAUGUGCCCUUUCAAAUGUUUUCCUAAUCAUCCCGACCUUGAAGCACAAAAACCUGUUGAAUUACAAGUACAUGUAUGUCUUUGACAUGAGUUACAUAACACAGAAUGCAGAUAUGCUCGAAGCUGACUGUUAGCUAACUUGUUUUCUUCUCCUGUUACAGGAACAAGAGGGGGUCAACAAGGACUCAGGUAGGUACACUUAAAAGAUAGUAAUUUCUCUUUGAGUGUCCUGAAACCAAAACCAAAAUAUUCUCAAAGGUCAAUCCAAAUAUAAGUAGAUGUGUAAAGGAGCUGAGAAUAAAUCUUAGAACAUACAUACAACCUCAGGUACUGGAAACCUGCAUGAUCAAGUCUCUUUUGGUUAUAGUUCUACAUUCAAACUUGGUAUGCAUGUUUUUUUUUUUAAAGGUGAAUUGUAGGUUUUGUGAAAUAUUUUUAGUGCAAUUGUGGAUUACUCUUGACAAUUGAUUGAAAAUCCCUUCUUUUCAUGUAAACAUUUUGACUUUUAUGUGUGUUUGUUUACUUGUUUUUCAAUUGAAGCAUUUUAUUUUGGACAAGUCUAACUUGUGUUUCUUUUUUUCAUAUUGUAGGAUUCCUUUCCACUCAGGGUCCUGUUGAGGUAAAAACUUUCCCUCUUUUCUUAGAAAUGAUUUCCAAAUAACCAACCUUCUCUUCAAAUUUAAACAAUUCAUCCCUUGAGGGACCUAUUUUUGACUGAGAGGCACAGAGGCUUUAAAUGCAAUUAAGUGUCAAAUUUUUGGGAGACUCAGGAACGGACUUCUGAAUUCUUUUUCAACAAUCCUUUGCUCAAAGUAUUAAAACCCGUAGAUUACGAGUAUGUCUUGAGUACUUCUUUGCAAUUUUACAAUCAUGAUAUAAAUGUCAAAAUGGAGCCCUUACAAAAUGGAUUUUGGGAUUCCUAGGAAUUUCUAGGAUUAUCCGAGGAACUCCCAGGUAUUUUUUUCUUAAGAAUGCCUAAGGAUUCCUAGGAAUUCCUGGGAAUAAGAGGUGUGAAUUUUCAUGGUAAAUUCGGACUAGGAAUUCCCAACUGUAACAACUCUGGUUCUAAAAACCUAGAAAUUUUCAGAAAUUUCAAGUUAAUAGCCAACAGGACUUGGAAAAAAAAACUUGCCAAAAAUUCCUAGGAAUUUUCAGGAAUUUCUAGGAAUGUUUAAGACUUACUGGGAAUUUUAAGCAAAAAUUUGAGGCAACUAACAUGAAAUAAAUACUAAAAAUUCAAAAAUCCCUACUAAAAAUUGAAGUAUUUAAUGCUAGGAAUGUUUAAGUAUCACUGGGAAUUUUAAGCAAAAAUUUGAGGCAACUAACAUGAAAUAAAUACUAAAAAUUCAAAAAUUCAUACUAAAAAUUCAAGUAUUCAAUGCUAGGAAUGUUUAAGUAUCACUGAGAAUUUUAAGCAAAAAUUUUAGGCAACUUAUGUGAAAUAAAUACUAAAAAUUCAAAAAUCCCUACUAAAAAUUCAAGUAUUCAAUGCUAGGAAUGUUUAAGUAUCACUGGGAAUUUUAAGCAAAAAUUUGAGGCAACUAACAUGAAAUAAAUACUAAAAAUUCAAAAAUUUGUAUUUAAAAUUCAAGUAUUCAAUGCUAGGAAUGUUUAAGUAUCACUGGGAAUUUUUAAGCAAAAAUUUUAGGCAACUAAUGUGAAAUAAAUACUAAAAAUUCAAAAAUUUCCUUCCAAAAAUUCAAGUAUUCAAUGCAAUUUAUUUACAUGCUUAACUCAGGUUUAUGUGUAAGAUAUUUUCAAUGGUAUAUUAACAUCAACAUGUAGUAAUAUUAGGAUGGAAUUUGAUUUCUUUUUCUUUUCUUGAACACUUUAUAUGCACUGAAAUGGAUACCUGUGUCUAUAAAUUUCUGCAGCUAUCAUUUAUCUUACUGCCCUAGACAGAGAUGGAACAGUUUGUUUGUUUUACUAAAUUAUUUCACAAAAAACUUCUGCACAGCCCUGUACUUCAUAAUGCAUACAGUUCCUGGAAAACAAAAAAAUUGGAAAAACAAGAGUUUGCCCUCAUGACUAUAGCUUUAUUGUAGAAUAGUACUGGGUAAUACUGAAAUCAUCCAAUAGCACAUAGAAAAGGUGCAAUGUUUAAUAUUGUUACAGCAUCAGUUUGAACACUUCUUGCCUUUAAUGUAAAGUCUCUUUUUUUAAACACUGGCAAUUAAGGCUGACAGGGAACUGCAAGUGUCUCCUGAUGAAGGCGUGGCUCCUGACGCAAGCAACACAGGUUUUGAGAUAGCUAUGGAUAUCUCUGAUGGUAAAAGUGCUUUCACAGUUUGGUCUCGUUUUGGGAAAUGAUUUGAUCAGAGCUUUAUCAUUUGAUCAUUCAUUUAUAAUAAUCCUUUACACUCUACCACCAGUGUGGAUAUUCUCCAUACUGUUCUCCAUAAAUUUCCUAAGGUGCUGAUAAAGAGAAUUUUCUUAGCAAUCUAGAGCAUUCUCAGUUUGUGAUCAUUUCAUAUGUUCUUGUGACCUUAAUGUUUUAAUUUGAUUCUGUGAUGAUAUUUUAAGGAGAAAUUAGAUACUUGUCACUCUUAUGGGUGUCACGAAGUCAGGAGAUGAUUCUUGUUUUCCUUUUUAAACACUUAAUUAUUUAUCUUAAAUUUCUGAAAACCUUAUGAUCUCGAACCUUAUUUAUAGUAGCCGAUUACAUCAUACUUAUUAUUAUUCUAGACGCUAAUGAUGACACAUCCUUAAAAUAACUCAAUAGAAUGUUCUGGAAUAUGGAGAAGUUUCUAGCUCAGCUUAUGCAGUAGGGUUGUGGUAAAUCAAUGUUCUAUUAAUUUCUGGAGACUUCGUUACAAUGGGUUAAUUAAAGAGUUUGAAAUAUAUAUUUAUCACAUAGUGGGUCCUGUCCCUAAACUUGUAGAAUUUAGCCUUUAAGGAGGCUAAGAGUAGCAACAGACACUGUUACCCGAUGGAACAAAUCAGGUGAUAUUGCACUUUGCAGUUACAUAUGAUGUCAUGGUACUUUUAGUAUUAAUUAAAUUUAUCAACUGUUUUUUCCUUAGAUUUAUUCAACUUGAAUGCAGCUGGUACAGCACCCUUCAAGAGAAAAGAUACUGUUGAUCCAUCAAAUGUCAAAACUCAGGUUAAUUAAAAUUGGAACAGCUGUUAUUGACAUGUUUAUUAAAUUACAAACAUUACUUUAUGAAAUAGAUUCUAUGAGUUAGUGUAAAAAGGUGAAGGUGAAGCAAAUUUAAAUGUAGGAUCAUUUAAAUGGGGAUAAUGACAAUGGGAAAAACUCAACCCCCCCCCACCCCCACUCCCCACACACACAUGCUGCACAUGUGAGAUCAGAAUAUUUUUUUAUAGUGAUCAUGACUUAGAGACAGGCACUCAGUGGAUAUUAUUUUAGAGAGAGAGUAGCACAAGAAAAUAAAUUUUUUUCCAUGAAGUUUUAAAAAAAUUACACAGGGUUUAUUAAUUAUUUGAACUAUUUCAAACCCAAAGAUCCAGUUAUCUAUUCUCUGUACUUUGUAGCUUAUAUUUCUCAUAUUUUUAGCCAUGAGAAUUUUUACGUUUAAUCUAAAAGUAACCCCCUAGUUAACAUUUUGGUUCUUCUCAUCACCAUCUGGUUAAGAAUGUCUUGAUAUUUAUAGUAGAAGGUUUGAAAGUUUACUACUAUUAAAUAAUCCUUCAAUGCCUUUACAGAUAUUUGACGUUUUAGCUAAAGCUAUCCACUCAAUAAGGAAGGAAAUCAGUACUAGCUCAGGUUACGUUGUGCAGCGACCUGGAGGUAUAUCUUUUAAAUGGGUCUAGUUUAAAUGCAUUAUUAUUUUUAUAAAAAUAAAAGUUUAUGUCUUUGAUUUACUUUUACAAAUUUUCCCUCCAUUCUAUUGCAGUGGUUCAAGAUAUUUCCCCCAAAUCAUUCUUUUUGAAGGUAAUUUUAUUAUUUUAGAGAUUAUCAUGAUGAUCUGCAAAUUUAAUCAGGCAUAAGGAUUAAGCCUUUUGGGGGAAAGAAGGGCAACGAACGACUGGAAUGAUUAGAUGAACGAAACAAAACAAAGUCUGUGGUCAUCUGACAACCAAGUGUUUGUCAACUGCUAGCUAGGUGCAGCAUGGAGGUUUUGGGUUAAUUAAGUUAAUCCCUAAGAAUAUGAAACAUUUAAUGAGCUUUGAUUUAUAUUUUUGUUUUGGAAAAAUGAUUGCUAUUUCAAAGUUAAAGUUGUUAUGGUGAGCUAUAGAUUCUCUUUUUCUAUCAAUGUGCCCACUCAUUACUUUGUUCUUUGCACUGGUAGUGAGGUUUGGUUUGUUUCAAAGAUUGUUGAUUUGGCUGAUAUGUUUGUAAAGCUUUCAUGCAUUUUAAUGUAAGGGAGAAUAAAGGAGAAAGGUAUCCGGCUUUCAAACUUGUUUUGCCAAGUUCAGGAGUUGAAGGAUAAAAUUAGGAUAUGGCCAGGUCUCUUCUUGUCUCCAUUGAAUCUUUGGCAUGAAGAGAUUAAAAGUAUUUCUACACUUCCCUGGAUGGGAUGUAAAACAAUACUGGACGGAAAAUUGUGUCACUAAGACCAACAAUAAACUUGCAUUGUGUGAUAGUAUUGUUAGAAGAGUGGAGGUUAUCUCCAGCCAAUAACCAGGUUCAUGAAAUACUCAUUUUCAUGAGUGUGACAAGACAAAAAAUUCUUGUUUACCCAUUCUUUACCAAACUGAAAAUUUACCAUCUUUCUUCGUUAUUGAUACAUGUCUUGCUUUUAGGGUGGACUUCCGUUCCACGUACUGUUAAAAGAGGCGUUGCCUGGAAGCGACUCCAAAGGUGUGGCAAGCUUUGAAGGAGUUGGUAAUGCCAGUUUGGAGAAGAUCAAUCCCUACACUUUCUCUGGGUUUAUUCCAGGUAAGUUAAUUGUUUGUCAAUUUUACUCCUUGUAGAUGACUAGUGUAGCUUAUUGUAAUGAACCCACUCUCUUAUGAUUCUCUGUCUGUCUUUCAUUUGGUUAAUGUGUCUCUAUGUCAAUCUGUAUGCAUCUUCGUCAUUCUCUUACUCUAUAAGGAGAGUAGGGGUUUGGCUUGAAAAAAAAAAGUUUUCAUUCCAUUCCAGCUGCCCAAGAAACUGGCCCUGUUCUUGUAACAGUCUACACUGAGGCUGGUCGAGAGCUGGGAGGUACUUACUUUACAUAUGUGGAUGGGGUGUGCCAGAUCAUAGAAAAGAUCCAUGAAGCCCUGCUCACAAAUCGUUCUUGACUAUGUGGUCCAGGAACAUGAAAUCACUGUAAGCAGUAGCGAUGUUGCGCAGACUCCAGGUCUGUUUAGUUUACCAGACUUAGGUAUAAGAAUAUGAAAGCGAUAUUGACAGUAAUGAACACUAAUUGAGCAGUUGUGAAAACAAGGCCUGAAAAAUAUUCAGGCCUCAAAAAUAUUCAGGCCUCUGUGAUACGGGUGCACUGGUAUGGCAAAGGUCACGGGUUGAAAUCCAGUACAGGCCUGAAUUUUUGUUAGGCCUUACUUCCAUUACUGCUCAAAUAGUGUUUAUUACUGCAAAGAUUGUUUUCAUAUUCACCUCUCAAUUUGCAGUUCACUUACAUGAUUUUCAUAUAUUCACAGUUGUUUAGACCAAGGUAAGUAACCUAGUAUAGGAAUCUGUCCCUCUUUCAUCGUGGGAUCGUGGUUAAUGGAUUUGGAAAAGACAUCUCAAGCCAUUUGGAGACUUCCUGUACACAGUUGAGUAUAUUUUGAUUCAAUCAAAUUUUAAAAUAAAAUUAUGUAUUAUUCACUUUUUUCUCACCCAGGCUCGAGCGAGCGAAGGCGGGCCUUGGUUCUCCUCCAGAUAAAUUUUUUAUACAAAUGACCGCGAAACACGAAUGCCAGACAUCGACAUACAACACAGGGCAAAGAAAUGGGUAAAAAACAUUCGCCAAAACAGUCAAAGAAAUGAUUGAGGACGACCAAGAGGCAGAAGUCAUAGUAGCCCUAUUUGGAGCCUCUGAGAGAUACGAAAUCCGAGAGGAAUUUAAGGGUGGAUUUCAGCAUCCGUCGAACAAAUUUGAAAUAUUGUGGAAGUCGCCCAAAAUUCGUUUCUCUCCUACUUUCAUACAUUUAAUAUGUUUUAUAUUGGAGAAAAUGUAUUUUAGUUUUUGAGAAAUUUUUUUCGUGCGAACGCUCAAAUAUGCAAAUUUUCACCCCGAAUAUUACCCGAGUUGUGUGACCCCAUGUAACGAAUUUACUUGACCUCCGGUAUUUCUUUUGGCAUAAUCCUUUGCUUUAUGAUCUAAACUUAAUCCUUUGUCAUUAUUGAAGCUGACAAAGAAAAUAUUUAUAUUUUGGUGAAUAUUUUUGUCUAGCUUUUAAAAGACAAAAGGAUAGUUAUAAAGUUACUGUAAAAAUUCCUUGUGUAAUUGUGUUGUUCUAUCGUGAGAUGAACUCAAAGUCUGGCAAAAUUUACUUGCUAGCACUUAUAUACAUGGUGUGUCUACUUGCCGCCACUCUUUACAGGUGUAAAUCACUACAGUUUGUAAAUAAAUCUAACAUUACACUCUUACCUUGUUUAUUUAUGAUUUUAUUAGCUGUUUCGAUGAUCAAGUUAUGCUCUAUCACAUUUUAGCCAGAUUUAAUUUGCAUUUUUAAAUCUUCUCCACAUUAAUAUAUCAGUUGCAUGACAAGCGUGACACAUAUAAAUUCAAAGAUGAAUCAACCUCCGAAUUACCAAAAGAUGGGUUUUUUCCCCUCUUUCAUAUCUAUAAAAACCUUCCAAGAAUUACUGUAUUCAGAAAACUAAUGUGUCCAGAUCCAUCAAUGAUUCCUUUACCGGCGAAGUCAAAUAAUGUUUACAAACGUCAAUUCGAUUGACAAGCUACAUACCGAUUUAGCUAAUUAAUCUGUUGUAUAAGCGUCUCAUCUUACAUGCUAACAAGGAGAUUUGCUAUUCAUUUAAAUCGUUCGCUGGUGGGACUUUUGGGUAUAGUUAUCGAGAAGACCGACGUUGCAUAACUCAGGUCGUUCCCUUGAGUAGUUAUAAAAAAGACAUUUCAAGUUACUUGCGGAGAUCCAGAAACUGAAGUUGAUCUUAUUUUGUCGCGAGCCGGGGUCCCAGCGGAUUUGGACCCCCCAACAAAACUGAGUGAAAACAUCAUCCUUAACGUUCUAGUAAAAAUGAAUGAUACUGAACGUUCCAAUGCGUACUCAAGUAUGUUUUUAAUUCAAAACAUGCGUAUUGUCAAUGCAUACGAAGUGGCAUCCCGUCGGAUGUUUCUUUUGACCAAGGGAAAAUGGGCAAGAAUUUAGUUUAAUGUCAGGAGAGAGGUCGUUUUUGAACCUUUUCCGCGAUAGUCGAACACUGCUAGAUUCAAUUAGAGAUAAACUUGUGACACUUAUUUAUUUUGUCAUCGUUCAAUGCCCGAGUGUUGGGACGACAUGGUACAGUGCGAGUAGUGCGAGGAAUGAUUACACAUGAGCUUCGAGAGAUUUAAGACUGCCCCGGAGGGCGAGUGACUCUGCAUUGUCUGUAGGUCGCCAGACUCUAGACGUCUUCGUAAUUGUUAAGGUGUUAUUUCGGAUCCCUCAACAGUUAAUAAUCGUUAAAAUUAGAAAAUAAGAUUGAGUUCGAUGUAAUAGUCUUCACUUUAAUUAAGACUUAGUAAUUAAGCAAUCAUGUCACUCUGCAAAUUUUGGGGCCAUCACGCGUCACGCAAAAACCCUUUGUCACCCUCUUAGAGAUUAUAAAAAACAUGGUUGGAUUCGAAAUCGAUCACCUGGAUAUCAUUUUAUUAUCCAAAUCUCACGAAACAAAGGAACUUGGAAAUUUGCCACUAGAUAGAUAGCGAGAAUAGAUUCUCCAAGUAAACUUUGUGCGAUUCUUGGAAUGAGUUGCGAACCUCGCUAGGGAUCUCGAUAUAGUCGUUAGUGAAGUAAAGGAAUCGUGGCAUGAUACACUUCGGGUCAGCGUGGUGGUAACGCGUUGACUCCUUGUAUGAAGCUUGUUUGUUUUUCCAGUCUCCAUGCAGAGGAAAGUAGUGCCGUUCCUUGUGCGAAAACACGAGAUCGAACGGUAUUAUUUUCUGCCUGUGACAAAAGUCGUUCUUGCACCCCUUGCAUGUUUUCGCAUAAGAAGGCAGCAUGCAUAAGACGAAUGGAUGGUCAUUGUAAACGUAUGUGGCAUUGUUAGACAAUUCUUCUGACUACAUGGCAUUUGCUGCAGAAUCAUUUGCGUUAAAGGGGCGGUAAUGGAACUUGUUUCUAGACCCUUUCUUUCCGGCAACAAAUUUUUUCACAAACGCUUCUGCUAAAGCAAUUCGCGAGACCUUUUUUUUUACCUUGACCCUUGCAAAUUUGUUCAAGGUGUUUGCAAAGCAUUUCGUUUUUCUCCGCUACAGCAACGGAGUGCUUGCAAACUUUAUUGGCCUUGAAACUUAGGCACCGACACGAUACGUGGUUAGCGUGAACAGUGCACUCUACUCUUCCGUGCUUAGCGGACUUGACUUCAAACUUAUUCUGGGCCUUCCUUUUGUCAAGAGUAGGUAGUCUUUGGAUUGCCUAUGGACAAUUGAGUAGCAGGAGUGCCCUUUCUUUUACUGCAAGAGCUACUUCUUCCUUGUGUCCUCGCUCGGAUACCAAAAUUUUACAUAAUUCCUCGGAUAACUCAUGAAACUCCCUGUCUGUACAUCUCUCGGCAAUUGUGUCAUUAACCGUGAUGGUUUUCCUGGAAAGAGCGUCAUUGACUGACAUCGAGUUGAACUUUGCGAUGUACUCUUUUCUUUGCGCCACAUUCCAUUCAAACCAGACUUCCGCGGGAACAGCUAGGUGCGCCGCUAUCUUUGAUAAUUCAUAUUGGUCACUUAAACCGAUGACUGUCAAUGUUAGUUCCUCUUGUUGUUUCCGGUGUACCUCUUCAAAAAUGUUUUUUGUGAAUUCUAGUUCAGAGAGCUGCGUCGUUUCUAGCCUCUUUUGCUCUCGAAGACAGCUUUCUUUUUUUUGAAGCAACACAUUGUUAAUUGCUUCCGAACCGUUGGUAUAUGGUCUAGCAGGUUUGCCAUUUGAGCCAGUAGGCAUUCCAGCCUUUCGUCUUGCUUUCAAACUCAUUUUUUUCGCAAUCAUUCUUCGUCUUUCGUCAAGGAAUUUAGAAAACAGCGGCCGAUAGGAAGAUUCCUUAUUCAGCACUUCCUUUCCUUUCGCGUCAAGCACUUCUUUUGCAUUUCGAAGCUAUUCGUUUACUUCGGUCUUGUUCUCUACAUCCACGAUGCCAUCCAUUUUCUCUGGAAUACCGAAAAUUUUUUCAAGAAAAACUUUUUGUGACUUGGCUUCUCUUAUACCUGUCUCGCGGAGUUUUUUUAUUACAGUUGCUUUGGAAAUGAUGGAUACACCUCAAAUGGGUUGCUUUUGGAAGCUCUGUCUUCCAGGCACGGGAUAGCUCUUCUUUUCCGUCUGUGAUAAAACCUUUUGCUGCAGUUAAUCCUACACAACUACUUACACAAGUUGAUGCCAAUACUUUGUACGUGUCGAAGUUCUUCUUGUGAUGCAGCAUUGUUGGACUAAGGAAGACUGCAUUUUGACCGUAUCUUUUUGUCCUCAGGAACAAUUGCUCAUACACUACUGGUGUAACUUCAUAUUGACCCAUGUUUAAAGUAGGGUCAGUGCUGAUGGGAUGACUCAGACUCUCUGAAUGUAAUGUUGCCUUUACCUCCAGCGCUCAAAGCGUCACGCAACGCAUCUUCCAUAUGCAUGUCACGUCUCUUCUAUUAAAUCUCGUUUCUCCAUGGGGCUCUUCUGUUGAAAUAUUCCGUACUAAAUUACAGACGUGCCAAAUUAAAAAUUCAAGAUUUCCGUAAGUAUCUUCGUUUUCGUAGUGUUUCUCAUGAACAUAAUCGUUGUCCACAAAGGUAAUACCAACCUCUUUUGAACUUGUUUUAGUAAUGUGUCUUUGUUUUCGUGAUAGGUCUUCGUUUUCGUAGGGGGGGUCUUCGUUUUCGUAAUGGGUCUUCGUUUUCGUAAUGGGUCUUCGUUUUCGUAAUGGGUCUUCGUUUUCGUAGGGAGUCUUAAGUCUUCGUUUUCGUAACUACCGGCAAAGCAAGCUUAAAACGGCAGAGAAGGCCAGAAAUCGCAACAGACACACAAGAUGUAAGUAAAUUCUGUUGACUUUACGCGUAAAAUGUUCAUGUUUCGAUACAUUUAUCGUUGUAAAUCUAUCAAAAUCAAAACCAAACUCUUAACAGUUCCCCUCGCAACUUAACACCAAGUUAUACCACUGGCAGACAACCCUGUGGGUUUGAGGCCGCGUGACGUCAGUUAUUUGAUACGCUAUUUGAACUCCUACACGGUUUGUAAUUUGCAACAGUCGAUCUCGGCAAGGCGCAAGUGAUCCCUAAAAUGUUUCAUAAAUUACGCAAAUCGUAACAUUUCAUCCCCAAAAUCCGCUUAACGACAGUCAGAUAAACAAAGUUCACUUAGCUUCGGUUUCCUGUCUUGUCUCGAAUGAUUUGCGGGGUUUUGGGACGGUUAAUUCCCCACAUCUCAAGGUUUUUUACAGAUUUCUUUAAGAGGGUUAAGCUACAAGCGUGAAGAAAGAGCGACUCUUUUCUCAGUCGAAAGAAUCGCCGCAAGAAAAAGCAAGCAUUGAUUUAAUGGCUUCGCAGCACCGUUCGCAUAGAGAACGAAAGUUGAAGGCGAAAAAUGCUCUUGGCCCAAGUACAUAUAUAGGGAACCUGGCCUUCUAUGAGAGCUUUAACUGGCUGCGCAAUAAAUAUGGUGACCGGUUUCUUCUAGAAAAGAGAGGCGAUCGAUCACGGGCCCUGCUUGAUAAAUUAGAGAUUUUCCGUAGCCAGUUGGUAACGAACCGGAGACAUCGUUACCUUCGAAAAACAUAUCUAUGAGUUUCUGCAGAUCGCUGUUGUCUGAAAAGUUGAGCAUGUAAUUAUUUUUUUCGCUAUCACGUUCGUUAGUAUAAAAAUAAUCUACCAACUUGUCGAUUCUUUCGUCGAUCAGAAUAUACGAAAGAAUCGACGAAAGGGGUUAACGAUUAAAAAGUCAUUAUAUUUUCUAGCAAAAGGGUGACGUCACGAAACACGAUUAGUGUCAGUUUUGCAUAGACGUUCCCUCGCUUCCGUUUCAUCUUGCGGGGGAGGGUAAGGCUACACAGAGGCUAUACCGUUUUCACUUCUUGUUUUCGAAAUACGUCGUACGGCUUUAUUUUUGCGUCAUGUCGGUUCUCCUCGGUAUACGAAUGGAAAGCGUUGCACAACGAGUACAUAUACCGCAUGCAAGUUACUCGUGGGGUAUUCGAUGGUUUUUUUUUCCGCCUCAACUGCACCACGAAAACAGAGUGUUUUAUCCUCCAGAAUCUUAUAACUCCUUCUAGGAAUGCUCCGCAAGUAUUUGUUGAGCCAAUAAGAGUUAUUUUAUAACUUAUUGCCGCACUGGAAACUUCCACCUGACUUCCUCAACUUUAGUAUCAUCGUUGAUAAUAGUAUUUUUAACUCUGAUGUUCAAGGUUUUUUUACGCACUAUUGCAAAGUACUUAUUUUUUCUUAGUGUAAUAACAAGAUCACUCUCUAACUACUUUAUCGAUAAUACGGGGGAGUGUCGGGAUAAAAGCGGUUUCACUAAGAAAUAAUACUUUACAAUAAUCAAUGUUAACGAGGAUUAAAGAGUAUUAAUAAUUUUUUUUUAUUGCAGGUGGUGACAAUAAGGAGGAACUACGAGGGAAAGUAAGAAGUUAACAGGAAAUGGAAGGACUUGCUUCCCACGAAAAUAAAUCUAUAAAUAUCCAAAUGUAAUCUUUAGUAGGACAUGUUUCAGUCCGAUUUUUACACAGAAGAUUAUAAUUUUUGGUAGCAAGAACAAUCGCUUACUAGUUGGUUAGUGGUACGGCAGAGUUUCACUUCCCAGUUCUUGGUUAUACGUAUCACUUUGAAAAACGAGGAUAUGAAAUAUCUAUUAAUAAUAAUAUCUAGGAUUACUGUCAAGUGAACGCGAGUUGAGGUCUAUUUUAUCGUCACAACACAAGAGUGUUGCCAUAGUAAAAGUUUUAGGUAUAAAUGUACAACCAACCUGAUGGAGAUCACAUGUUUGUUACUGAAUGAGGUCAAGAAGAAGAUGUAACGUUAAAUCCUCACUAAAGCACUCACAGGCUGUAAUGGCUCUGUUUAAAUUUUACGGUGUCUGUUAAGAUAUUUCAUUCCCACUCUAAUUGAAAGUUUAUUGAAGUCAUCUGCCAAAGAGGGAGACAACCGUUUCCAAUAAUAGUGUCACAGUGAAGUUCUGUAGUGUUAUGAGUAAUUGUUGUUGUACAUAUAAGCUUCUAGAAAUCUCCAGACUGCUUAGUCAUGCUGAAAUGCGUAUUAUAGAAGUUUCAUUAUGUCACGCAGUUAUUACGUAAUACUACAAAAAUAGUUCUUUUGUAAGCUUCUGGAAUGUUCCAGAAAACUUUGUGAAUGUAAAUAAGGACUCGGUUAUGUCGUAGUAGUAGUUGUUGUUAUCGGUAGUGACAGACUGUUUAGUAAGCUAUACCGUGAGAGAGAGCUGCAGUGGAAGGUUGAUAAUUUCAACAAACGUAGGAGGAAUUUGUGAGUUUGGGUUCAGUUGUGAGCUAAGAUAUAGACCGUAGUGGGUUUAAGUAAGUUUAUCGAACUUAAGAACUGUACAGCCUUUAGAAGUCGCUCCUUAUUAAGACAAUCACUCGUUUAAUAAAGUAGUUGAGUUUGUAGGAUUGUAGUGUUUUUGUGUCGGUUAGAUUAUAUCGUAACAGUAGACAUUAACUUCCAGCGUAAGGACGUAACAUCUUGAAUUUUGAUGGCGGUGUUACUAGUUUAUUUGUUUAUCGAAACCACACAUUUGAACCCCAACUGGUUGGCUUACGUGUUAAAGCCCGGUCCAACUUACGCAACAUUUCAACGCCACAACUUGCAACAUUGUGAGAUUGUGUUGUGAGAUUUGUGAAGGAGCUGGCUAAACGCGCGCAGCAUCUUGUAACAUCCGAACAUGUUGCAACAAAAAUUAGACCAUUUUUAAACUUGAUCUAACAUCGUGAAACAUGUUGUAACAUUGUGCUACAGGGUGGCUAAACUUGUGCAACACGUUGCGUGCAACAAAGUUGCAAAAUGUUGCAGUGAAAUUUUGCGUUCGUUUAGUGUGGCCUUUACACCAAAAGUGGAGCUUGCGGGUAACCUUAUACAUUGUCGAGAGCAUUCAAUUAUACAAUGGCGUGUGAAGUUGACACUAUAACACAAUAUCUGCAGUGGAUAUUGCAGUUAUCAGUUCGAGUUCAAAGUCUGCCUAGUUUCCAAGCCCCUCGUCCGUGUAGUGUUUUCAAACUUCUGUAAACUUAGUUGAAAGUGUCUUCUUUCUCAGAUUGUUUGAAAAAAUCCACUUUUCGCAUGAUGUCAUAAAUUAUAAAGCCUCGUGUCUAUGUUAUCUACAUCAGCCUCGGCCUCAGCUGAUAACUCGGACCUCUGUUUUGAUAAUUCCUGAUAUGAUGCCUCAACCCGGUGUAAUAAUUGCUUAUUAGUAUGCUCAUUUAGUGCUCGCGCGCGACGGACACUGAUGCGAGCGCUUUAAGCCUCUCGCACAAUGAACAAUAACUCAGGCCUUCUCUUAUCGAGAAAUGGGCCUGGAAAAGAUAUUGUCCUUGCCUUGACUGCGGUGUUUUUUACCAAGUUAAUCUAAAAACCUGUAAAUCUGUUUAUUCAUGGAGUACGCAUCUAAUUUUACUUAAGUCAAUUUUUUGAUAAUUACCUUUCUGAUACAUAUUUUUUAUUUUUCCAUUUCAUAGCUUGAGUUAUUUCUGAUCCUAGUUCACGAUAAGAGUAGAAUUUCCUUAAUCUCCAAUUUUGAUACACUCAGAUUUUACAGCUGUUUUCGAGGUGGCCGUACAAGUAAAGAACGUUUACUUUCUAUCUUCCGCACUGAAUUUAUAACUCCUAUAUUCGCGCCUACCUUGCUAUUAAAUUAAAAAAGGGUGUAACUUAAGGUACGCCCCGUCAUCUGAUGGGGUUGGCCCUCUACCGCCUCCAAUCCUUUGUUCUCAAUAGCAUUAUUUUGUUCUUAAUUGUCUUAAUCGGGUUUACGUCCACCUGGUAAUAUGCUAUUUAUCGGUCAUGCUCUGUUGUCACCUUAUGAAGUCAUCCUGGAAAUUAUUCGCUCAGCCUUCGCGGGGAAAUCGAGGUAUCCGUAGAAUAAUUCAGAUCCCUUAAAAAAACGUUUUCAUGUUGAUAAAAAAAGAUUUUCCGUCCAAAAACCUAACAAAGAGAGGCCGCUGGCCUUUUUCUGGAUCCACUUUUGUGUACAUAAAGUCUCUAAUGUAUUGUUAAGGGUGAAAAUGCCUUUGGUAACGACGUCAAGAGACUGAGGUGGUAGGAACGAGUUCCCGAUAUGUUUUCUAAGAACAAAGUAGAAUCAACUUGAGCAGAUGCCCUCUGUAACUACGAAAAGGAAAAAUUUUUACGAACCAUCGUCACCACGAUAUUCCCAUUAUGAUAAAGAUGUUGCGAAACCAUAUGUGGCCGAUGUUUGUCAGGUUUCCUCCUGAUCGAUUCUGUACUAAUUUCUAGUACGCAAUAAUUGGACCAGUUUUAUUUUGUGUCCCCAUCAAAUUUCAGCUCUGCUACCUACUUGACAUUGCUAAUUAAUGAAAAUCAUUGGGUUUCCGCUUGCCUCUAUGAGGUAAAGCUGUCGACUGCAGGCAAUUAAUUGUUAUAUUUUUUCCGUAACGGAUACGGAGGUUUCUCUCUCAAGAUCAUAGCAUACUUAAGCCUACGGGAGUGAACCAUACAUAAAUCAGAAUUGUUUAAGCGUUCAAAUCUAUCAUGUUUAUUUCCCAUAUCCUUAUUCAUGGAAUUUUAUUUCCUUUCAAGAGAAGGGAUCACAGGCACAAACACGUCUUUGUUUUUUUUUCAUUACUCUUGGGAGAAAGCUUUCACACCUUGAUAUACAUUCGAUGUAUUUAUGACGUGAUAUUUUUUGGUAUAGUAUUAAUACUAGAAGAAGUUGCUUAUUAUCAAAAUGCUUUAUGUUACAUUGCGCAUCAUACGCAUCAUAAUUAACAAUUGGUUCAUACAUCAGCGUGCGUUCAUCGAGAUAUGAAGCACGCGGGAAGUUUGGAGAGCACGAAAGAUACGUAAGAGUUGCUCGAGGCGUAGCCGAGAGCAACUCUAGCUUCUUGAGUGCUCUCCAAACUUCCCAAGUACUCCAUAUCUCGAUGAACGCACAGCUGACGUAUGAACCAAUUGUUUUAUAACAUUUUCAACUCGAUGGAAAAUUUUUUUUUCGAGGGAUUUGUUUGCUGACGUCAUGAGCGUGUACAAUAGGAAUUUAUAAAAUAAUUCAAAUAGUACGCGCGCUCUGAUUAGCCAUAAAACCAUUUUACAUGAGCGUAUGUAAACACGGUUUUCGUUCCUCUUUCAUUAGUUAUUUUAUAGAAGAAACGUAAAAUGGUUUCCGUGUUUACAUAGCCUGAUGACCUGAUGGCCUGAUGACAACUCGAUAAGCUGGAAACCACUCCGCUUCGCGUCGUGGUUUCCUACGCUUAUCUCGUGUUCUCCUAACCUCCCGCGUGUUUACAUCAGGCUAUGUAAACACGGAAACCAUUUUACAUUUCUUCAAUGAAGCACGCUCGCGCAGUUGAAUUUGAUUACACAAAUUUACUGGCUAUGUUAUAACAUUAGUUCAUAGAUGUAUCGAUAUAAAAAAAUAUUUCUUUUGCGUAUACUUCCCCGAAAUCUUCCACGACACCGGAAAAAGGAGAAGUUGUAAACAUUCUAUCAUUUUUUUUUUCAGGUCCUAUUUACAACUACUCGUUUCAGUAGUGUUCUUAGCUGUGAGGAUCUCUUAAUUUCAUCUCUCCACCGCAGUGCAAAUAUAUGAAUUUUCAUAUAUCUAAAAUCUUCAUUCUAUCAUUCUAUUCACUAAUUUUGUUUCCAACUAGAUAGUUGAAGUUUGUAAAAUAGCAAGAGGAAAGUUGUAAUUGUGCAAUCAAGUAGGUUCCCCCGUUCCCCAGUUCUCUCGUUCCACACUUUUUCAUUCCUACAUUUAAGAAAAAAUCUCCGACUUAAAUAUAGUACCUAUUCUCCUGCUCCUCCAUUCUCUUCAGUAAUGGAUGAAAUGCAGGGGGUAGGUCUGGGGAUGUGUUUUCUUCAUCAUCAUCUCCUUCCGGCCGGCUGAAUUCCAAAAGCUUCUCAUAGAGCUGGAAAUGAAAUUUUUGAGAAUACAACUUAGGCGGCAUAGACAAGUUUUUUUUUUUUUUUUUUUUUUUUUUUUUUUGAAUGUCCGUGCUAAGUGAAACUCCGCAAGUUAUUGCAUACUGCUGAAAGUACGCCGCGAAAAGUUCAAUUUUAUAUUUGCCUUAAACUCAUGAACGAGUGAACGAGUUUCAUUUCACUGACUUGACAGAGGAUUAAUUUUGCCGUUCUUCUGCGUCUGGUCGUCAUACCUUUCCGGGAGGAUCGCGGGCUCGUUUCCCGCACGGUGGCCACCAGUUAUCAGGUAUGUGAUGGGACACAGAAAGUAACAUUUCACGACGUCUUGCACGAGGACCACGAUCGCGCUGAAACUCAUUUUGAAUUAAAAAAAAUUCAAUUCAAUGACAAUUCAAGCCUAACCUCUCACGUAUUUUGAUGUGAUUACAUCAGAAAAUUUGUGCAGAUGAAGACGAAAAAUGAGUUGCAGAAGGAAAACAUCUAAGAAGGUAAGAGUUUUGUAACUAAUAACAAGCGAAAGGUUUCAGUGAGAAUUUUGUGUUGUGAACACGUGCAAUACCUUGAAUGCGCUCCUGUUAGGAUAUUCAAUGUGUUUAUCCACGUGGGCAUGUUUGACAAGAGAUUUAGGCACUGUUUCCUCCAUAUCCAAAACUAACUCGACCGAAAGAGGAUGGAACGAGCAAAUGCCGUUAGUGAGGGGAGACUGGUAUCUAGUUAGCCGCCAAGAUAUAAAUUCUUGGUCUUAUCAAGCCUCUCGAGGGUAGUGAGGAAAGUGUCGACAUGAAAACGCUUGAGACAAGGUUUUGAUAAGGUAAAACCAACUUAAGCGUCACUCCUGUAAAAAUGGCUUGCUCAUUGAAUCUGCUCUUUCGAGUCUAAUUCUAAGCUGCAUCACAUAGCGGUCAAUUAAAGCAUUUACUUGGAUCUUGUCGAUAUCUCCCACUGCAAGGCCGAUCUAGUAUCGAAACAUAUUCCCUGCUAAGUAAAUAAACUCGUUGCUUAUUGCACCCCAGUCUUUCUUAAGUGUCGUAGCUCGUGAGACAUCUAGUAUUAUCCCUUAUUCUGAAUGGCCGUUGAAAUUUUUUCGGCUUUAAAUUUACGUGCUAUCUGACUUGAGGAAGUCUGAACAUAUGCUGUGAGGAGAGCGAUCUGUGUCGAUGUUUAAAUGGCACGACACUUAAAAAACAAAACCACUCUAAGUUAGCACUGGUUCGUGAUCGAUACUACUAGACUGUCGAUUACAAUCAUUUUUUUUGUUACACGAUAAAACUUUAUUAAAAUAGCGGUUAGGUGAGACGAGUUCCUCCCAGGGAAGUUUUCGAAUUCGAGCUCUCGGACCUGUCUCCCUGGCGUUAUGGCCGAAUCAACUGCUAGGAAAGCUUAGUCGCGUAAAUACGGUUUGAAGAGGUUUUCCCUUCUUUAAUUUCGUGUUAUCGAGGCGCUACUCACCAGCAUGUUAAUAAGAAUGAUAGGCAUCCCUGUGGCAUAUUCCAGUUUGUCCCAAGGCAUGAACACGUCAGUGUAGUUGAGUUCACCGAGGGUCAUCAUGGAGUAUGGAGCAUAAGGCUCCUGGAAAAAGAAAAUCGACUUUCGAUUGAGUAAAUGAUAUGGGUGUUAUUUGUAAAUGAACACCGGUUUGUGUGAAGAUUGUAUGAUUGACUGAUUGAGUGAGCUGUUGCCGAAGGAUGACUGAUAUGCUGAAUGACCGACUACUUGAUUGAAAAUUGGCUGACUGAUUGAUUUUGGAGUGGCUGACUGACUGUUACACUGGCUUACUGACUGACUCAUUGACUGUUCGAGAGAUCGGCUAACUUACUUAUCAACUUAAUGAAUGUCUAAUCAAUGGGCUAACUAACCAGCUCAUGGACUGACGGACUACAGCACUUCUUCGUUAAAAUGCAUCGUGAAAAAUGAGUCCAGUCUUUGAAUCUUACCGUUUCUUCGUCUAAGAGCAGGUUAAAAUGUGCUGCUAAAAGCCAUGACAAACAUGAAAAACAGGAGCAGGACCUGGAAAAUAUUGAUGACGGUCAGUUCAGUUUUACGUCGGCAAAUAAUUGAGGUGGUUAUGGUUUGGUGUUAUUUUCUCGUCGAGCCUUACACCUGGAAAGUUUUGCAGUUGGUAAAAAGUGAACCAAUAAUGGGAAACUUAGGCAAAAAGAGAGAUGUUCGUCAGUUUUGUGGGGUUAUUAGUUUUCAUCUGUUUUCAUCUGUUGGUUUAACAUACGACUGCAUAUUGUGGGGUAAUAAUUACGAAGCUCCAUUGUCUCAGUUGGUAAAGCUACAAAACAAAGCUACAAGAAUCAUCAACAAUGUACCAAUUUGUGACCAUGUUACUCCCCAUUAUGUAGGCAUUGGCCUAAUUAAGCUUCCUGACAUAAUUAAAUCGAGUACGUGUCAACUAUUCUACGAUCAUCUUGUUGACAAAAAAUCUUCUAAUUUUGCACUUUCUUUUGUAUCUGAGAUCCAUGAUUAUGCCACUAGAAGUACAUCUUUGCAUCACCUGAACCAUAGCCCCUUCAGAAUAAAUAUAAGGAAAUUCUUUCCAACAGUUAUUGGAAUGAUAUUCCUAUGUUUAUACGGGAGAAGCCCACUAAAAAACUUUUUAAAAGAGCACUUAUCUCAUAUUACCUUUUCCAGUACUGAUUAAUGUCUUCCUCUGACAAUGUCUUAUUUAAAUAUUUGUUGUUUAAGGUGUGAUUCCUAUUCCCUCUCUUAUAUUUGUAUCUUAUAUCUGUAUCUUACAUCCUAUAUCUUACUGUAUCGCUUCUUUUUACUGUAUGAAAAAGUGUAAUUUAAGGAAAAGGGCAUCUAAUUAGCUUGUCAUAUUAUGCCCCUCUCCAUCCUCUUUUCUUACUUGUAAUUAUUCAUUAGACUCUAAUCUGUUGAAAUGGAGGAAAAAAUAAAUACCAAAAAAAAAUUUGAAAAAUGACGAUCACUGAUUACGCGUGUUUGAUAUAGCCAAACAACUGCUGACACGUAACUCGACUUUCACGCAUUUCAUUCAUUAAAAUAAUCGACUUUUUCAUUUCAGCAAAGGCCUGUGGCGUUUAGAUGUUAAACAAAUGAUAAUUAGUGGCUUUUAGAUAUGGAAUUUCUCUUCUCAUGUUCAACUUGAUAUCUCACAUGUCGGCUCACUUGCGGAGAUAUCGCAAUGAACACUCGAAGCAAAAUUCCUAAUCUGCGCCUGCCCAUGCAUUAGCUUUUAUUAAGAGAUUUAAAUAUCUUGUUCCUUUUCAUAUGUGGUUUUCUUAGAUUCAGACCCGGGUCAGUAUUUCAACGACCAAAAGCCUGAAAGCUACUAAUCAUACACGUGCAAGGCAACGUAAUCAUAUUAUUAACUCAGCUUACAGAAAUGAGUUUUACAGGAAAUGUGGCUGCUUUUGCCCGGACAAAUAUGCUAAAUUCCUCCCUCUAUUCGAAAUUCUUCACGAAGUGUCGUUCGAAGUGUUUAAAUUUGAUUUUCUUGAACACCUCUCCCAUCAAAAAGCACAAAAAACCAAUGUCAUUUUGUUAUAAAUAAAACAUCCCUAAAGAGAAAAGUAAACUGAAAUAAUUUUCGUUAUUUAGCUGAAAAAAUUUUCGACAAAUUCAGAAAAGCACAAGACAAGGGGAUAGAAGGUGACUUCAGAAAUCCUCCGAAUGUGUCUCAAAUUCCUUCAUUGUACUCAUAUAGCGCUCAAAAUUAGCUAUUUCAACUGCAACAUACUUUCUUCCGAACUAAAACAGUUAAACACGAGGGCGCGCUAUAAAAGGAGAGGUGCCUUAGGCACCCCCGGAUCAUUUGUCAAUCAACCGUCGUGACAUACAGAACUCCAAAACGGCUUGAGCUGCAGCGGAUGCAAAGCACUGACGAGAGGCGCAUUUCUCGGUAAAUCUGGUAAAUCUUUUGUUAUAUCGAUACGACACUCUGAAGUUGAUAAAAUCUUUUUUUCUCGUUACCAGUUUGCUGAAUAAUGUACCGAUGUUGCAAGGGGAAGUUGACUGUUCAUCAUUUCUGGGUGAGGAAGAAUGAAAUACUCUUCAUACUGUCGAAAUACUCCACAACUUGCAAAAUACUCAUAAAUACAACGAAUUGAGUACAGAUGGAGAGGAACUGGGUGGAAUUACAUGAAUUCGAAUAAACAAUGUUUAACCUCGCACUUUCUCGGAUAUUUUUACAUGAUUGAAUCAAAUGUAACAAUUAGGCGGUAACUAUGUAGAAUAAUUAUUGAGGUACGGACAGUUAAAUUUAUAUUUUUGGAGAACUGAAAAUGUGGUAUUUGUUGUCUUGAUGCGAUGACUGAUGAAACCAAAAGCAUGAAACUAAAACGAUAUUUUCCCGAAAUUCAAAGAGCUAAAAGAGAGCUUGAAGACUAGGGCCCACAACAAAUGUUUUCGUGCGAAAACAGCGAGAUAUUUUUUGAUACCUUUAUUUUGGAUGACUUCUUGUCAACUUAUUUAUACUUUUCCACAAACUGUUUAAUGAUUUAACAAGACUUCAGAUCAAACGCGCUCGCAUUUGACUUACAUAGCAUGUUCUCUACUUUUUCGAAUCGACACGCGGUUGGUUUACACAUAAAGUUUAACUCUAUUUUCUGCACGAGGAUCUACUCUUCAGUUACAACAGUUUACUAUCAGUUGUAUUUUUCUUUCCUUUCAAUUUCAAACUAUCGAUUUCUGUCUUGGGGUAGUUCCUAUUCCAUUUUGGUGAAUUUUCUUUAGUAACGCCUCAAAUAUGAUCGAUAUGUCGUCGCAAAUCAUAAUAGAUUGUUGUUAUCUUUGUUUUUCAGAAUUGUUAGAAAUUAAAGUGUCAGAUUUGCGCGUUUGUUUGUAUCAGCUUGUUAGCCUAUCAUGCGCACUCAAACGCGCGAAAACACUGCCAGGAGAAAACGCGGUCUUCAGUGGACGCUUUGUUUUAAAACGCUUCGUUUCCUUGAGUGGACACCUGGAAACGGAAGCUUUCGAAAGCGAGCGCGAAAAAUGUGUCACAUAAAGACGGUUCCGUCUGCAUUUCCGGGUGUUCUUCUGUGGAUUGUACUAAUCGAAAACGCAUCAUUACAAGAGAAGUUCUAAGGUUUCAUCGAUGGUUUACGUGAUGUCACGACAUCUCAGUCACGACAAUCACAAUUUUUCUUCAGUACGGCGAAUUUUCAUGAAUUCUGGAGUGGUACUAGUCGAAUUGAAGAGAAAGAAUUCGAUAAGAAUUGAGAGUAUAGCGUCCGUUCUUGUUUUUGGAACGUCUGUCGUUGUCUGUGACAAUCAUCUUUUAAUCCCUUUAAAUACAAAAAGUGAAAAUUCUCUCUCUGAUGCCCACAAAUUAUCCAGCAAACGGUAAUAAGAAUAUUCAAACUUAUCAGGAAGUUGUUAUCUUGAUCUAACACCAGAUCCUUGUAACAGCUCGAGAGGAAAAUUAAAAAUCAAAUCUUGCGAGUUAAAGGGUUGACGAACAAACCUCUCCCGUAGAUUAGGUCAAUAAGACUAAAAGAUCGAUUGUUGCUUCGGAAUUGAAAUGUUUUUUGUAUCUAAAAUGUUGUCUUACCAAGUACCGCCUGAAAAAAUACAAAACCAAUAAUUCAAGCUUCACGGCUGUGUAAAAUUAGAAUUUUAUUCGUAGAAAAAUUCAGUCAGAAUUAAGCCAGCUCGAGGAGAAAGCGGCGUGUUUUAAUCAGCGGCGCGUGGAAGAACAAGAGUCACGCGAAAAAAUAAAAGUAUUUUCAUCACUCGUUACGCAAUGCGUGACAGAUAUCGUAAAUUGGUUUCGUAACGCUCGUGCAAGACAACCUUGAAAAGGGAAAAAUGCUUAUCAUUCUUGCCACAUAAGUUCCCGGUAAAAAAUAAACAAAGACAAAAACAAAACAAAAAACAACGUUUUAGUUCUUGGAAGUUGUCAAGAUGAAUAAUGAAUAAAGGAGGUAAGUUACUAAAGACACUGAGUUGACAACGUAAAGUGACCACCGUAAGGAGUUUCAAAGCUGACGUUUCGAGUGUCACCCCUUCGUCAGGGCGAAUGGCUAACGCUCGAAACGUCAGCUUUGGAACUCUUUACGGUGGCCUCUCCACGUUAGCAACUCAGUUGAUAAUAAUUAAUCACCCAAGAUAAAUAAUGUCCACGUUGGAUGCAUCCAACGCGAGCAGUGCUCAAGUUGAAUCUUUCCAACCGGGACCAAAACGCUCUGCCAAUCAGAAGGGAGUAUCGAAAUUUUUUAACCAAUCACAACCUAGAAACCACUUGGACGGAGUGCACUUCCUCACCUAGUACAAGGAAGUAUCAUGCAUUUGUAGUGCUGUUGAUUUUUAAUGCAGUUGGGAUAACACUCAAGCAAGAUACCUUCACAACUGACAUGUCGAAACUAGCAGCGAAUUUUGGGGAAGGUAAGCAAUUUAACAAACUGACAUCGAAUUCUACGAACAUUUGUGUCGCCCAGAAAAAGAGACUCUCUUGUGUUUGCUCCUCUAUACCUUGAUUGAAUCAGGACGGGAAUUUUUAUUUCCUACGGUUCAUUUCUUUCUUAUCCAAGCCCACUUUACUUAAGAAGGUACCAAAAGAUGAAAACAUCAACUUUGCACAGUCUUGUGGUUACGUCUAACCCCCUGUCUCUCUAACAAGAACUUUUCGAAUUAAAACAUUAAUGAUCAAUGCGUUAUAUUCGCCUAGGGAACAAGAAUACAGUGUACCACUUCCUCCGAGAAUUGAUCCUAGAAGAGGAGUAUGCAUGGUUUGUCAAUCAGGAGGGUCGGUUCCGUAUCAAUUGGGUGGCUGCUGUAGAACGUCACAUCGAGUACAGAGCUAAGAAGAACCCCGGGUUUGACACAAGCAUCGAUCGAAGUAGGGCAAGCAACAGCUUUAGAGAGGCUCUUCUUCUUCGUUGCUAUCGUGAUGACGGAGCAAAAGAGUACAAAGAAUGCCGAAAGUUUAGUGAAAAUAACAAAGUUGUUGAGAGAGAGUUUCAAUUGCCUUCCAGAGUGUUUCAUUCACUUUUUGGAUCAAGUGAAGAACUUCCCGGUGAUCAGGUAAUUUGUAGCGGACCGCCAUUGAAUUGUCACGUUUUAAGUAUAUUUCAGACAUUAUUUUGAAGUUUAAUACCUUGGUUUAAAUUGUUCAGUCCCCUUUGAAUUGUUAAUAGUCUGCCUAUAAACAUUUCCAGACAGCAGCAAUUAAGAAAUCUUUACAACCUCUGUUGACCCUUCAACUCCCAAGAUCCAAUUGUUAAUUCUCCCCUAUAGCUGCUACUCAUUUCUUUGUAGAUAAGUUACAAGAAUUUGGUGUUAGAUUAAGAUAGCAACUUUGAUCUGAUUAGUUUGAGUAUUCUCAUUACCUGUUUGCUAAACAGUGAACAGAUAUCAUUGGGAGAAGUUACAUGAUAAUCACUUUUGGGGGUUAAAGGGUUAAGUAGUAUACGUUUUGAGUUAAUUCUCCUAGAUUAUCUGUCCGUUGGGUACUGCCAAAAUGAAUAUUUUUUGUGGUCUUACUGAGUUCCAUUCAUAUUUACAUGAGAGUUUUUCUAUGCCCUCUGUGAAAAACUGCUGACGGGUUUGUAAAUCCUUAUCUUAUGAACAGAUGUUGUGGAUGACAACUGUCCAAAGUAUCCAUGGGGAAAAAUGGUGUUGUAGUUUUACAACUACUGUCUUCUGGGUGUAUAAUGUUCAAUAUGCAAACCCCACCAUAGUCGAUAUCGAUUAUUUUAACUCCCAUCUACCCUUAGAAUUCAGUAAUUAUUAUAGUCCUCUUUAAGAGGACUAUAAUAAUUAUAGUUAAAUCAAGUUAAGUUAAGAGAAGUUAAAUCAUUUUAGGACAGGUGUUUGCAACCUAGUUUUCUCAAAACUUGUGCUCAGUUUUUAGAUAAAGGUAUCCCCUGAAAUGGAUACCUGUGUCUAGAAGUUAUCACAACUAUCAUUUAUCUCACGGCCUUAGACAGAGAUGGAGCAGUUUGUUUGUUUAUUUAAUUAUUUCGUGCAAAAUUUCUGCAAAGCCCUGUUCUUCACAAUGCAUACAGUUCUUGGAAACAAAAAAAUUGGAAAAACAAGAGUUUGCCAUUGGGUCUAUGGCUUUAUUUUAGAAUAGUACAUGGUAAUACUGAAAUCAUCCAAUAGUACAUAGAGAAGGCACAAUGUUUCAAUAUUGUCAUGGUAUCAGUUUAAACACUUUUUGCCUUUAUUGAAAUGUCUCUUUUUUUUUAACACUGGUAACUAAGGCUGAUGGGGAUCUGCAAGUGUCUCCUGAUGUUGGCACAUCUCCUGACGCAAGCGACACAGGCUUUGAGGAGCUUAUGGAUGUCUCUGAUGGUAAAAGGGAUUUCACAUUUGGGCUUGUUUUGGGAAAUCAUUAGAUCAGGGCUUUAUCAUUUGAUCAUUCGUUUAACCCUUUAUACUCUACCAUCAGUAUGCAUAUUCUCCAUACUGCUCUCUAUAAGUUUCCUAAGGUGCUGACAAGAAGCAUUUUCUUAACAAUCAAGAGCGUUCUCAGUUUGUGAACCUUAAUGUUUUAAUUUGAUUCUGUGGUAAUAUUUUGAGGAGAAAUUAGAUGCAUGUCACUCUCAUGAGUUAAAGAGUUUAAAAUAUUUAUUUAACAAAUGGUGGGUCCUGUUUCUAAACUUGUAUAAUUAAGCCUCAAGGAAGCUAAGAGUAGCAACAAACAUCGUUGCUAGAUGUAACAAUUUAGGUGAUAUUGCACUUUGCAGUUGCAUAUGGUAUCAUGGUAUUUUUAGUAUUUAUUUAAUUUAUCAACUGUUUUUCCUCAGAUUUACACACCAUGAAUGCAACUAGUACAGCACUCCAGGAAAACAUCAAUAGAGAAGAUAAUGUUGAUCCAUCAAAUAUUGAAAGUCCAUCUCAGGUAAAUUAAAAUUUCCGCAGCUGUUAUUGGAAUUACAGACAUAUCUUUAUGAGAUAGAUUCUAUGAGUUAGUGCAAAAAGCUGAAGGUGAAGCAAAUUUAAACGUGCAGGAUCAUUUAAAUGGGGAUAAUGACAAUGGGACAAAUUACCCUCCUCCACCCUCACUCCCCACACACACAUGCUGUGCAUGUGAAAUCAGAGUGUUUUUUAUAGUGAUCAUGACUUAGAGACAGACACUCUGGAUAUUGUUUUAGACAGAAGGUAAUACAAGACCAUGAAGUUUAAAAUGAUUACACACAGUUUAUUAAUUAUUUCAACAAUUUCAAACCCAUAGAUCCAGUUAUCUAUUCUCUGUACUUUGUGGUUCAUAUUUCUCAUGUUUUUAGCUAUGAGAAUUUGUUAUUUUAUCUAAAAGUAACCCCCUAGUUGACAUUUUGGUUCUUUUCAUCACCAUCUAGUUGAGAAUGUCUUGAUAUAUAUAGCAAAAGGUUUGAAAGUUUACUGCUAUUUAAAAAUCCUUGCCCUACCAGAUAUUUGGCAUUUCUACUAAAGAUUUCCACUCAGCAUUGGAGGAAAUCAGUACCGACUCAGAUAAUGUUGUGCAGCAACCUGGAGGUAUAUUUUUUUAAAAAUGGGUCUAAUUUAAAUGAUUUAUUAUUUUGAUAAAAAUAAAAAAGUUUGUUUCUUUGAUUUACUUCUACAAAUAUUCCUUCCAAUCUAUUUCAGUGGUCCAAUGUAUUUGCCCUCUAUCAGGCUCUGUGAAGGUAAUUUUAUUAUUUUAGAAAUUGUCAUGGUGAUCUGCAAAUUUAAUCAGGCAUGAGAAAAGCCUCUUGGGGGGAGGAAGGGCGAAGAACAUCUGGAAUUGAACGAUCAGAUGAACAAAACAAAUCAAAGUCUGUGGUCAUUUUACAACCAAAUGUUUGUCAACUGCUAGCCAGGCACAGCAUGGAGGCCUGGGUCUAUAAUUUAGUGAAUCCCGAGGAAUAAAAAACAUUUAAUGAGCUUUGAUUUAUAUUUUUGAUCUGGAAAAAUGUUGCUAUUUCAUAAUUGAAGUUGUUAUAGUGAACUGUAGAUUCUCUUUUUCUAUCAGUGUGCCUUCAAAAUUAACUUUGUUCUUUGCACUGGUAGUGAGGUUUGAUAUGUUUCAAAGAUUGUUGAUUUAGCUGAUACGUUUGUAAAGCUUUCAAGCAUUUUCACCUAAGGGAGAAUAAAGGAGAAAGGUAUCUGGCUUUCAAACCUGUUUUUCCAAGUUCAGGAGUUGAAGGUUGAAAAAAGGAUAAAAUUAGCAUAUGGCCAAGUUUCUUCUUGUCUGAGCACAUCUACAUUGAAUCUUUAGCAUGAAGAGACUAACUCUUCUCUGGAUGGGAUGUAAAACAAUACUGGGCUGAAAUGUGUUGCUAAGACCAAUAAUAAACUUGCAUUGUGUGAUAGUAUUGUUAGAAGAGUGGAGGUUAUCUCCAGCCAAUAACCAGGUUCAUGAAAUACUCAUUUUCAAGAGUGUGACAAGACAAAAAAAUUCUUGUUGACCCAUUCUUUACCAAACUGAAAAUUUACUAUCUUUCUUCGUUAUUGAUACAUAUCUUGCUUUCAGGGUGGAAUUCAGUUCCUUGUAGUGUUAAAAGAGGCAUUGCUUGAAAGUGACACAAAAGGUGUGGCACGCUUUGAAAGAGUAGGUGAUGCCAGUUUGGAGAAGACCAGCCCUCACACCUUCUCUGGGUUUAUUCCAGGUAAGUUAAUUGUUUGAAAAUUUUACCCCUUCUAGAUUACAGGUGUAGCUUACUGUAAUGGACCCACACCCCUCUGAUUAUCUGUUGCCUGUGUGUCUUUCAUUUGGUCAGUUUGUCUCUGUGUCAAUCUGUAUGCAUCUUUGUCAUUCUGCUACUCUAUAAAGAGAGUAGGGGUUUGGCCUGAAAAAAGAAAGGUUUUCAUUCCAUUCCAGCUGCCCAAGAAGCUGGCCGUGUUCUUGUAACAGUCUACACUGAGGCUGGUCGACAGCUGGGAGUUACUUACUUCACAUAUGUGGAUGAGGUGCGCCAGGCCUUAAAACAGCUCAUUAAGGACCCUGCUCAAAUAUCAUUAUUCUUAACCAUGUGGUCCCAGGAACAUGGAAUCAUUGGAAGCAGUAGCGAUGUUGCGCAGACACCAGGUCUGUUUAGUUUACCAGACCAAGGUAUAUGAAUAUGAAAGCGAUCUUGGCAGUACAUGAACACUACUUGAGCAGUAGUGAAAAUAAGGCCUGAAAAAUGUUCAGGCCUCUGAGAUAUGGGUGCACAUACUGGUAUGACAAAGGUUGAAAUCCAGUACAGGCCUGAAUUUUUAUUAGGCCUUAUUUCCAUGACUGCUCAAGUAGUGUUUAUAUUACUGCAAAGAUUGUUUUCAUAUUCACUUCUUAAUUUGCAGUUCACCUACAUGAUUUUCAUAUAUUCACAGUUGUUUAGACCAAGGUUAGUAACCUAGUAUAAGAAUCUGUUCCUCUUUCAUCUUGGGAUCAUGGUGUAAAUGGGUUUGGAAAAGACAUAUCUCAAGCCAUUUGGAGACUUGCUGUACACAGUCAAGUAUAUUUUAAUUAAAUCAAAUUUUAAAAUAAAAUUAUGUGUUAUUCACUUUUUUUCACUCAGGCUCAUUACCUGAUGCUAAACAGGUGCAGUCUCUUAAAGUCCUUCAGCUACUUGUUUAUACUGCUGCUCAAGAAGGUGCUCAACAGUUUUUGGAAGUGAUCUUCAGUACCUCUGCUGGAAAAAUUGUCUUCAACAGUUACAAGGAUCGAACUCCUCUGCCAGAGGAUGUUGCAAGGGCUAAUGGCCAUGACAAAUUGGUGGAGUUCUUACAAGAUGUAAACAAAAGGUGAUUCAAAAUAAUAAUGAUGAUGACGUCUUGUUCUUAGUAUUGCUAUGUUGUCACUUGAUUUGAUUAAUGUGACAGGUGGGUAAUUUUAUCAUGACUGAUUUUUAUUUUCAGAUUGUCUAAAGAAAGUGAUAGUAAUAGUGUCACUUUGAGUACAAGUGAGUGGUUAGAGUUAGUCCAAGCAGUUGGUAAUGUUCAGAAACAGACUGGUGAGUAUCUUAUUCUUUUAGGCUGAGUUUGAUGCCAUUUUAUAAAACAUGCCGUUCUUGUUAGAUUCACCAUUUAGAUGUUACAGCUAUUCAGACACAUGACCAUCCCAAUAGUGUGUAGGAAGUUUUCAAGCAGUUUUUAUCUAUUUUGCUACAUGCCAAUAUAAAUCUCAGCAGAAUGCAGGACUUUAUAGUGGCCUACAAACUUAACUCACUGCAAGUUCUCUGCAAGUCAGUGGUAUGGCAUCAGAGUGCAAGUCUGAAGGCUUGGGGUUAGAUUUUUCUUGUGACACUGAGAUGGUUUACUCCAUCCUUCCUUACAUUCUGCCAUUUUAUGAAAAAUUGUGUUCACAGUCAUAACAAACCCACCAAUAUUGCAAUUGUUGAAAUGUACAAAAAAUGUAUUUAUUCCUCAAUUUUUACAACAGUUUCUAAUGAUGAACAAGAAUCAUCAAGGAUACAACCUAAGGAUGAUGAUAACCAAAGUGACUACUUUGCUGAUGCUGAAACAUCUUCUUGUGGUUCCCAUGACCUUGUUGGUUACUGGUCAGAUUUACAAGUUGAAAAUGGUAAGUGAGCUCUCUGUUACUGGAUACAAUACUUCCACUGAAUUCAGUUUGUAACCCUUCAUUUCCUAAAAUCUGAUUGUAAAACUCUUUUAUCUGUUUCAUGACAGUACACUUUUCUGUGUUGAUUUGUCAGAAGAAUUUGGUGUUGCAGGUGUACUUCAUCAAGACUCCUUUCAUCUUAUAAGGGAGUCAUUACUUGUUGCUUGUUUGCUGGAUGAUGUGUUAAUGUUAUAUGGAUGUUGCUCAUUUUGCUUAUGGUGUGAGUUUGCUCUGUUAUACUGGUUCAGAAAACUCAAUCCACCCUCUUUGCCAAUCAGAUGCAAAACUUAAAAACCAAUCACAACAUGGUCACUAGAAAUUUCUUUCACUUAACCUUUUAACUCCCAGAAGUGAUUCACAUGUAACUUCUCCCUAAAAUAUCCAUCCACUAUCCAGCAAACAUGAAAUGAGAGUUCUUAAAUGUAUAAGGUAGAAGUUGUUAUCUUGAUCUAACAACAAAUUCUUGCAACUAAUUUACAAGGAAAUCUGUAGCAGCUAGAGGGGAGAAUUAACAAUCAGAUCCUGGGAGUUAAAGGUUUAAAGCAGUGUGCUUGUUUGUAUUGUAAGCUGUAUUGUUAUUAGCUCCAUGUGAUAUUUCUUCUCUUCUCAUUAGCUUUUGUGACUACUUCUUUUGGUAGUACCACACUCAUUCGCAAUACACUUUAUGUUUCACAUCUGUCGUAGGGUUGUUCAUCCGCUUGAGAUACUUCUAGAAUUGAUUUUUGUUGAUUUAAACUCUUAUUGUUUAAGCUAUGUAACGUAUCAUGAUUCUUUGUUGACGGAUGAAGGUGAAUGUCAAAUGGGCGUUUGUCUGUUUUAACUGUUUUUGUCCUAGUACUAACGGUAAAUCUAAACUCUCUUUCCGUAACAGAACAUCGUAUAGCUGACGCGGACACUUCCUCUUGUGGAUCUUUUGAAGUUGACUCGGAACGGUCUGAUUCGGAAGGUAAGUAUGUCAACUUCUUUCAGCUUAGUGAUACUUUUACAAUUUUACACAAAGGCUUUAUUUUUAUCUUUGGUACUUUUACUGCAUGAGAUUAUCAGCUUCUCAAUGGCAUUGGUGACUCCUACAAGCCUUUGGUCUCAUUCAUAGAACUUUCGGUAAAACGGAAGAAACAUAGGAAGAACUGGUGUCUCUCAAGUACAUUAUUUUAUUGAGGUUGUAUUCAUUUCUCCCCUUGAAGUAACUCUGCAGUCGUGUCCCAACAUGGUUUAAAGGAGGAAUGAAUUUGAGUUAGGUUUAAAAGGGCUUAAAAAGUGGUAAUUUAAUUCUAUAAUGUCUUAAAUGACCCACCCUCGUUUUCCUUAAAAGUGCGUAAAGUUGUUGAAUACUGUUAUCGUUCCUUAGCAGUUGGUUCAAAAGAUAAGAACCCGAGAGAGAAUUUACUUGCAAUGCAGCCUUACGCUCUAGCCUCGGUUGUUAGAAGGUUGGAUAACGCUAUCCGCUGGAUAAAAUUCUAUCUGGUGGAUCACGCUAUUCGUUUUGCUAUCACUUAUCCGCCGGAUAGCGAUUUAUCCGUUGGGUAGCGUUAUCCACCCUUUAUACAACUGUGCCCUGGCCUUUAAGCUUAGGCUUCAUUGGAGGAUAUAGAAUCAAGAGUGAAAAGUCUAAAACAAAAAGUUGAACCAGGCUUUUAAACUGGUUUACCUGCAGAAUGUUAUCAUGGUAUGGAACAUUCGCAUUGACAGAGUAUUAUAGAUACACUAAAACGUUUGGUCUUGCCCACUUAAACCUGUCCUUUUUAUACCAAAACUCCUCGAAAGUAUGAUGUAGAUUGUAAGGAGAGAACCGUUCUCUCACAUGUUUGUACUUUAUUGUUCAAGAGAUCUAUUUAGUAGUAGGGAAAUGAAAAUUCUGGGACAGCCUGAAAGAUGGCUUGAGACAAUUUUUGGGUUCUACCAGUUUUGACUGGUUUUGACCAGUUCUGAGACGGCACUGGGAACAGCACCACAGACAACUUGACACAAAGAGUGCUCAUCAGCUGGGACAGCUCGACACAAAUCCUUGGGAAUUGAAAACCUAAAGUCAAGAUUACUCAUUGUGUGCUCAUGGAUAUGGCGAGGAAGAGGGGGAUAAAGAAUUACUUAUUCCUCACUAAGGGAGAGUUGUGGGAGUCAUUCAGCCUCAGGAACAUAGACCAUAGACUCAGAUCAGAGCCAUACACCUUCACCAUAAACUCGAGCGACGUAGAUUCAAAGUGGGUAAGCCUCUCACUUCAAAGGAUGCUUCUGAAGUCUCAAUAGCUUUUCAAACAAUCUAUGAGCGAGGAACACUGAGAUGGCCGAAGGUCCUUCAGGUUGAUCCUGGGCAUGUGAGUUCAUGGGUGAUGUCACAAGAGCGAUUGAAAAGCAUGAUGUGAGAACAAAAAGGUGGAAUGUAGACGUUCACAGAGAUUAAGGAAUCUUCGAAUGAUUCAACCGGGUUUUGGGUGAACGCCUCUUGAAUUACCAGUGCAGUAAGAAGAUGAACUUCACAUCUGGAAAGAGAUCUACUGAAUGGGAAAGAAACCUGCUGAUGCACUCAAAGACAAGUCGGUUGACGCAAAGAGUUCAACAUCUUGUUCAACACUUGUCGGCUUGAAGGAGACUUGACCUCUCAAAGAAUGUGAGAUACCUCUACGCCCCUGGUGAGCUGGAAGGUGAUCAAAGAAGAGCGAUUGAUUCAGUAUGGUCAAUGGAGGUUUACAAUAUCGAGAGUUUGGUAGUGAUUGAAGACGAGCCCGUCCUGUACUAUCUGAACGAUGGCCUGAAGCAUGGAUUCGUUCGAGUAAAUAGCAAUUCAGAGAAAAUCUCAAGACAAUAUUUGAGUCCGCCUGGGACAGCAUGACAGACAGCUUGACACACCUAGAUUGUGGUUUGCUGUAGGGCUGUCUUAGAACUAGUCAGACCUGUGAAAAACCGGUCAAAACUGGUAGAACCCAAAAAUUGUCUCGAGCCGUCUUUCAGGCUGUCCCAGAAUUAUCAUUUUCCUAUUACUCAUUUCCUGCUAAAUUCAAAAGAUCGCAGGCACUGUUGUGUAGUACAUAAAGGAUACGAUAAUUUUCUAGACGCAGGAAGUUUUACACAAGAUAUAAAGCCAACAGAAAAGGAGUUCUCAUCCUUAAAUCCCCCAGUUGAACCAUCUUCUGAGGAAACAACCCAAUUUGACCAACCAGAGGACGAGGAAAAGACGAGUUUUAUAAAGACGAGUGUGUAUACUUCAUUUCUUGUAUCGUUUAAGGGGAGUUGAACGAUAAUUGUGCUUGCAAUACAUGUUGGAAAGUGUGUUUUGUGUUAGGAUAUGUAUAAAUGUAAGAGCUUAAACUUGCUGUAUGCUUCAGAAUACAACUCCUUUUUUAAAGCUGAGGCAGAACUUUUAGUCAACGGUUACCUGUUACCUGUUCACAACCAUGGAAUUGCAUUCCUUUAAAGAAUCGUAAACUAAGUACCACUCGGAACACUCUGAAAAACCCAGACUAAAACUCAGAAGAAAUUAAAUCAUAAUAGCUUUAACAGACAUAAUCCGAGAAAAUUCCGACAAAGCAACCAUAGAUUGAGAAUGGUGGCCGUUCAUUCGUCAACCUGACCAAGUGGCGCGAAUGGCUAGUGACGUGUCAGCAGCUAAUUGGCGAUAUCAAACACACGUGAAAGAAUAUCGUAUUUUUUCGCGUGUGUUGUCAGGGCUGCAAAUCCUUGUAAAACACCGUUGUUUGAAUGAAAAAAUACGUGUAACAUAUGAAAAGCUCGGGUAUUUUGUGUGUUUGGAAUUAUUCAAUUUCUAUUCUAUUAUUUUCCCUCAAUCGCAAUUUGCUAAUGAUCUCCAUGCCUCCGUGAAGCAGCUUAAAAAAGGCGUCAAUAAACACACCAAUCCAAGGAGGUAAAUCAAUUGAUUUUCAUGAUGGAAUGUGUUUAGUAGGAGAGUUGAUUAGUAACUCCUUCUUUGUGGUAAAUGACGUGAAUAUCUUAUGCUUCCUAGGUUUUCAGUCAUUCAUCGUGUUUAAGCGAUUUCUGAUAGUGAGUGCUUUCUUUUGCCUCAUUGUUGGAGGAAUGUAUUUACAAAUACCUUUCAGAUCCCUUUCAUCCGGUGAGUAUAAUGGAAAGCGUUUAUUUUGUAGCCUAAGACCAUUUCAUACAUCUUUAUGCUUGUUUUAUUGUCGCGGGUAAAGGCAACUGAUUUUAACAAAUGUGGGUGGGGAGAGUCCUAACUCUCAUUGGCACCUGGAAGUAUGACAGUUUGUUUCAUCUUUUGUUUAUUAGAAUUUUUCAGUGAAAUCUCAGAGAAGUUCUUUCCCCAGUCAGGUAUCUUAGCCUCUCAUUGGCACCUGGAAGUAUAUCAAUUUGAUUCAUUUUUUGUCUAUUACAAUCUGUUAGUAAAAUCUCAGGGAAGCGCCCUCCCCAGUCAGGUACGCCCUGCUUAUCGUAUUUACCACAUGCAUCCUAAGCUCUCUUCUCGAUAAAAAGUAAACGAUGAAUUCUUGAAAGCGUCACGUUUUGUGUGACUUGGUGUUAAAUUAGGAGAGGAACCGUUUAGAAUUUGAACACGUUAUAGGAAUAGUAAAUCAUUAACUAAAAGAUGUGGGUGGGGAGAGUCCUAUCUUAGCCUCUCAUUGGCACCUGGAAGUAUGUCAAUUUGUUCCAUCUUUUGUUUAUUAGAAUCAUUAAGUGAAAUCUCAGGGAAGUUCCUUCACCAGUCAGGUACCUCUUGUUUACCGUAUUUACCGCAUGCGUACUAAGCUUACUUUUCGAAAAAAAGCAAACGAUUAAUUCCCGAAAGAGUCACGCUUUGUGUGACUCGGUGUUAAGUUAGGAGAGGAACUCUUUUUGAAUUCGAAAAUGUUAUACGAAUAGUAAAUCAUUUACUAACAGAUGUGGGUGGGGAGAGUCCUAACUUAGCCUCUCAUUGGAACCUGGAAGUAUAUCAAUUUGUUUCCUUUUUUGUUUAUUAGAAUCUGUUAGUAAAUUGUCAGGGAAGCGUUCGCCCCAGCCAGGUACGCCCUGUUUAUCGUAUUUACCACAAGCUUCCUAAGCUCACAGCUCGAUUAAAAGCAAACGAUGAAUUCUUCAAAGCGUCAUGCUUUGUGUGACUUGUUUUUAAGUUAGGAGAGGAAGCGUUUAGAAUUUUAACACGUUAUAGGAAUAGUGCAUCACUUACUAACAGAUGUGGGUGGGGUGAGUCCUAUCUUAGCCUCUCAUUGGCACCUAGAAGUAGGUCAAUUUGUUUCAUCUUUUGUUUAUUAAAAUCUGUCAGUGGAAUCUCAGGGAAGUUCCUUCCCCAGUCAGUACCCCUUGUUUACCGUAUUUACCACAUGCGUACUAAGCUAACUUUUCGAUAAAAAGCAAACGAUUAAUUCCCGAAAGAGUCACGCUUUGUGUGACCUGGUGUUAAGUUAGGAGAGGAACUGUUUAGAAUUUGAACACGUUGUAGGAAUAGUUAAUCACUUACUAACAGAUGUGGGUGGAGAGAGUCCUAACUUAGCCUCUCAAUGGAACCUGGAAGUAUAUCAAUUUGUUUCAUUUUUUGUUUAUUAGAACCUGUUAGUAAAACCUCAUUGAAGCGCCUUCCCUUGUCAGGUAUGCCCUGUUUAUCGUAUUUACCACAUGCUUCCUAAGCUCACUUCUCGAUAAUCUUAGGCUAUCUUAGCCUCUCAUUGGCACCUGGAAGUAUGUCAAUUUGUUUCCUUUUUUGUUCAUUAGAAACUGUCAUAUCUGUCAUGCCAAGAAGAAGGAUGCCCAUUCCCCAGUCAGGUACGCCCUGCUUAUCGUAUUUACCACAUGCUUCCUAAGCUCACUUCUUGAUAAAAAGUAAACGAUGAAUUCUUGAAAGCGUCACGCUUUGUGUGACUUGGUGUUAAGUAAGGAGAGGAACCGUUUGGAAUUUGAACACGUUUUAGGAAUAGUAAAUCACUUAGUAAGUUUAUCACUUAGUAGAAUUUCCGCCUCAGCUGUACCACGAAUUUCCCUCAAUCGCAAUUUGCCUAAGAUCUCUAUGCUUCUGUGUAACAGUGUGCAAAAGGCGUCAAUAAACACACAAGAAUAGAGAUUAAUUAGAAGGAGGCUCACAACGGCUUCUUUUCAACAGUGUUGUAAUGACGUGUAAGUUUUACACCAAAUCUUCAUGCAGCGAUAUAUUAGGGCAGAGAAAGUCGAAGAUUUAGUUACUAGCACUAGCUAUGGUACUUAAUCCAAUUCAAGGAAGUAACUCAAUUGAUUUGCAUGAUUGAAUGUGUUUUGUAGCAGACUUGAUCAGUAACUGCUUCUUUGAGGUUAAUGACGUGAAUAUCUUGUGCUUCCCAGAUGCUUUGUUGGAUAGGUUUUGGCUGUUUAGUUAUCGGCUGCUGCUUUGCCUCUCUAUUUUAAUAGCACCACUACUAUUAUACAUCAGAAUGCAAUCCAAUUUUAAUGGUGAGUUUAAUGGAAAGCAUUGGUUUUUGUAGCUUUUGAUCAUUUCAUACAUCGCAAAAGGUUUUUAUCUCGUAUAUCAUCUUUGUGUUUGUUUUAAUGUCACGGGUAAAGGCAAGUGAUUUUAACAGAUAUGUGUGGGGAGAGUCCUAACUUAGCCUCUUAUUGGCACCUGGAAGUGUGUCAAUGUGUUUUAUUUUUGUAAAUUAGUAUCUUUCAUAAUAACCUGAGGUUACCCCCGUAACCUCAGGUAUGUAAAUUUGUUAAUAUGAGCUGUAAAGACGGGUUAAUGAAUUGUUAAAGAAAACAGACCAAUUCUGUAUUCAUGUUAAAACAUAGGAAGUUAAUGACAUCAUCUACAAGCCGUAGAAGACCUCUAAUAGGCCAACAGCAAGUAGACCCGGCCGUCAGUUAUGGGAAAAUUUAAAUAUCCAGUCGAGCAUAGAUGUUAUCAUGCAUCAUUUGGAAUUCGGUUUGAGAAUUCAAAUAGCGUUUUCCUUGUGACUUCUGUACAAAUUUAGGGGACCGUGAGCAUGCAAGCUGAUGUGAUCAUUUCUAGGAAACGUUUUGGGGUUAUAGGGGAAUUACCAUGAAGUGGAAAGUUGUGUUAAUGAUACGGUACCACCCACUAGAGCCAUUUAGCUUCUUCUUUAUCGUUCUUUAUAGCUAAUUCGUGUCCGAAUGUGUUCAGUUUCAGAAAAAAUUAUUAAGGCGUCGAAAAGGCGUCAUACAGUGUUACAAAUUCGUCCAGAUUUGCUUGAAGAGGAAAUCGAAUUAUUCGAUAGAAGAGGAAACCGAGUCUGUACGUACAUGAUUGUGAUAACAAAGAAGAAAGCUUAAGUUCAUUAGAGUCGUAACUUGUGGUUCCUGGUUCAAAGGAUACCGUUCAGGGUUAGAAUUUUGUCCAGGUGUGCUUGAGGAUAAUAUCAGAGUGUUGGAUGCAAGCAGCAACCGAGGCUUUCUUGGACAUGUAAAAACAGAGAGGGAAGUUGAAGCUGAGCUGAGUAGAGUUGUAACUUAUGAUUUCUGGUUCAAAGGAUGCCGUUCAAGGCUAGAAUUUCGUCUAGGUGUGCUUUAGGAAAUUAUCGAAGUGUUGGAUGCAAGCAGCAACCGAGACUUUGUUGAAUACGUGGAAACAGAGAAGAAAACAAAAGAAGACAGCCUGAAAUUUGCUCUGAAGGGCAUGCCAUGCCAUGCUGACAUGCGUAUAAUAGAACUUUCUAGAACAUUUCAUCAAGUGACGCAGUUAUUCCGUACUACUAAUUAAAUAGUUCUUUUGUAAGCUUCUGGAACGUUCCAGAACACUUUGUGAAUGCAUAUGAGGACUCCUUUAUGAAGUAGAAGUAGUUGUUAUUGUUAGGAGUGACCGACUGUUCAGAAAGCUGUACGUGAGAGAGAGCUACAGAGGAAGAUUGCUAAUUUCUAGAAACGUUGGAGGGAACCGUGAGUUUGGCUCAGUGGUGAGCUAAGAUAUAGACUGUAGUGGGCUUGUGUAAGUUUAUGGAGGAUAAGUACUGUGCUGCCUUUAGGAGUCGCUCCUUAUCACUCACUGUUUAAUAAAGUG